AAAGCCCAUUAUCAGUAUUCCGCCCUAACCCUCACAUAUAAAUAUCACUCUCCCACCAUUCUCUCUCCCAAUUACUGUCAGAAACCCUAGCUGCGGAGCUCACACUAGCACACACCUUCACGCCGUAGUUCAGCAAUCUCCACCGGCAACCAUGGCGGACGUCGACCCCGAGGUAGCGGCUGGGCAGCCGAAGAAGAGAACAUUCAAGAAGUUCAGCUUCCGCGGCGUUGAUCUCGAUGCUCUGCUUGAUAUGUCGACUGAUGAGCUCGUCAAGCUUUUCAAUGCCCGCGCCAGAAGACGCUUCCAGAGAGGUUUGAAGAGGAAGCCCAUGGCCUUGAUCAAGAAGUUGCGCAAGGCUAAACGUGAAGCCCCAGCAGGUGAGAAGCCCGCUCUAGUCCGAACCCACCUGAGGAACAUGAUCAUUGUUCCUGAGAUGAUAGGAAGUGUUCUCGGAGUGUACAAUGGAAAGACCUUCAACCCUGUUGAAAUUAAGCCCGAAAUGAUUGGGCAUUACCUUGCUGAGUUCUCUAUCUCAUACAAACCAGUCAAGCAUGGUAGGCCUGGUAUUGGUGCCACCCACUCCUCCCGUUUCAUUCCUCUGAAGUAAGAACUCUGCAUGGUGGACGGGCAACCAGAGACUCGAGUGCUUGUGCAUUGGCUAGGUUAGCUACUUGGGUCCCUGUUAAGAGGUCUAUGAGGGAAGUCGUCUUCAUGUUGGAAAGGAAAAAUAUUUGCAUUUCUGAAGUUUUGGUGUUGUGGUUCUAUUAGUUACUUUUCUUAGCUCUGCUACAAAUCUAGUAAAAGACUCUUUAUCUACUGGAUCUUUAUGCAGAUUUUUGCAUAUUGGAUAAUUAUUUUGUUCGACUUUUGUUGAAAGAAGUUUACAUUUCAAUUA